ACAGAUGGAUUCUCCAGCAGACAUGACUCCAUCACCGACCAGGACCUGCUGCAGCUCUCGGAGCAGCUUUACCUGCUGGACCACAACAAAGCUCAACCAACAGACAUUGCCCUCAACCCCCAGCACCAGGUGUCCCCCAGUGAGACUGGGGACAAGGAGGACAAGUCCCCUCAGCCGCUCUACAAGUAUGUCAACGAGGAGCUCUUCUCCAAACCCACCUACUCCAGCUUCAUCAAGCUGCUGGAUAAUUACCAGAGGGCCACGGGGAGGGAGGAGGAGGUGACAGCAGAGGAGCUGCAGGAGCAGGAGAACUUCCUCAAGGAGGUGAUGAAAACAGAGGUCAUGAAGAAACUCUCUGCUUUCCUUCAGGGAAAAA